UUUCUUAAAGUUCGUGUAAUCUCUUUCAAUUAUUCAAGUAGAUCAAAUAUUUUUAAAAUAAUAAUCAAAUUGUCUGAGCCCAAAUUUGAAUUGGGGACUUGUUUAUGAGACUAGACUUUUAAAAAUGGUUAGAUAUAUAACAGAUAAAAGAGGUUGAAUGAUAUCUCAUUUUUAGUACAACAUGUGGAGGUGGGGAUCGAACUUAUAACCUCUUAAUUAAAAAUAUAUGUUAAUUACCGCUAAGUUAUAUUCUCUCUAGCUAUUUUUAGAGCGUUGGAUCAUAAAAUGAAAAGGGUAAAUUUCAUUCCACGUUGAUUUUAGAGAUUUUUUUUUUAAUAUUUAUUAAAAGUUUAAUCGUAUCCCUCUCAGACAGUUAAAGCUCUCAACAGUCAGUUUCAAGUCAAAGCUACGUGAAGUUAAACCCAUUCUUUAUCCUUUCACUUCUGUUUUUUCUCCCCGCCAAAUGUUUGUGGGUCUUUGCCUAUGGAGAUUGCAGUCACCCUAAGCAUCCUAGGACUCUCCCCGACAACAAAACAGGGCCAUUUCAAGGUUUCGAAGGACUGGAACUCAACUAUCAAGCACCAAAUUAAGCUUAAGAAUGACCAUGCCAUUCUUUCCACGUAUACCCAGAUGGAAUCUCUUGGCAUUGCACCUGAUUCUGCUACAAUGCCUCUUGUUAUAAAAGCUUGCGAGAGGCUUAACGCCAUUGAGAAAGGGGUACGAAUUCAUUCUCGUAUCAGGGGUACGGAUCUGAUCAGACAUGUUCGGGUUGGGACUGCGUUGGUUGAUUUUUACAGUAAAUGUGGGUUUGUUGGAGAGGCCAGUAAGGUGUUCGAUGAAAUGCCUGAAAGAGAUGGGGUGUCAUGGAAUGCUUUGAUUUCUGGAUAUGUGAGGUGUUCGUGCUAUAGUGAGGCAAUUUUGUUGUUUAUGGAGAUGCAGAAGGCAGGCUUCACACCCAGUUCUCGUACUAUAGUGGCUCUGCUUUUGGCAUGUGCUGAGAUGUUGAAACUAAAAUUAGGACGAGAGAUUCAUGCUUAUUGUUUGAGAAAUGGUUUGUUUGAUAUGGAUGCUCAUGUUGGUACUGCUUUGAUUGGAUUUUAUAUGAGAUUUGAUGCAGCAGUUUCACACCAUGUAUUUAGUUUGAUGGUGGUGAGAAAUGUAGUGAGUUGGAAUGCAAUAAUAACAGGAUAUCUUGAUAUUGGAGAUUACACAAAAGCUCUGAAGCUUUUCAUUAGUAUGCUACUUGAGGGUAUUAAAUUUGAUGCUGUUACAAUGUUGGUGGUAAUUCAAGCCUGUGCAGAAUCUGGAUCUCUCCAAUUAGGCAAGCAACUGCAUCAGUUGGCUAUCAAGUUCAAUCUCGUUGAUGACUUGUUUAUUAUAAAUUCACUAUUGAAAAUGUAUAGUGAUAAUGGAAGUCUGGAGUCAUCCUGUCUGUUGUUUAAUGCUGUUCCUACCUUUGAUGCUGCUUUAUGGAAUUCUAUGAUAUCUGCUUACAUUGCGUUUGGACUUUAUGCUGAAGCUAUAGCUAUGUUCAUUAAAAUGCGUUCAGAAGGCUCAAAAGAAGAUGAUCGAACUGUUGUGAUUAUGUUGUCUUUAUGUGAAGGUCUAAGCGAUGGUUUGAAACAGGGUAGAUGCUUACAUGCUCAUGCCUUGAAAAUUGGAAUGGAACUCGAAGUAAUUCUAGGCAAUGCAUUGUUGAGCAUGUACGUCGAACACCAUCAAAUCGAUGCUGCACAGAAAGUUUUUGAUCAGAUGAGAGACUUGGAUGUCAUCUCAUGGAACACAUUGAUCUUGGCAUUUGCUCAGAGUAAGUUUCGAGCCAAAGCAUUUGAACUCUUUCAGAUGAUGUGUGAAUCUGAAACCAAGUUUAAUUCAUACACAUUGAUAUCUCUCCUUGCAUCGUGUAAAGAUGGAAAUGAUCUAAGAUUUGGGCAAUCCAUUCAUGGCCUUGCGAUAAAAUACGGUCUUGAAAUAAAUACUUCUCUGAACACUUCACUGACUGAAAUGUACAUCAAUUGCGGUGAUGAAGGAUCGGCUACAAAUCUGUUUAGUAGAUGUCCUCAUAGAGAUUUAAUCUCAUGGAAUUCCCUAAUUUCUAGCUACCUAAAGAAUGACAAUGCAGGAAAAGCUCUAUUGCUUUUUAACCAUAUGAUUUCUGAGCUGGAGCCUAACUCUGUGACAGUCAUAAAUAUUCUCACAUCCUGUACCCAGCUUGCCCAUCUGCCACUAGGCCAAUGCUUGCAUGCUUACACAACUAGAAGGGAAGAAUUUCUUGAAUUGGAUGCUUCUCUAGCAAAUGCUUUUAUAACUAUGUAUGCAAGAUGUGGUAAAAUACAAUAUGCAGAGAAGAUAUUUAAUACCCUGCAGGCAAGAAAUAUCGUCUCGUGGAAUGCCAUGAUUGCGGGGUAUUGCUUGCAUGGUCGUGGCCAUGAUUCUAUUCUAGUUUUUUCACAGAUGUUGGAUGAUUGCUUCAAGCCAAACAAUGUAUCUUUUGUGUCUGUUUUAUCUGCCUGCAGCCACUCUGGUUUGACCGAGACAGGUUUGCAGCUUUUCGAUUCCAUGGUGCGGGAUUUCGGUAUUACUCCAGAACUUGCUCACUAUGGUUGUAUGGUCGAUCUGCUUGGUCGCAGGGGCCAUUUAGCUGAAGCUGUAGGUUUCAUCAACUCGAUGCCCAUUGAACCUGAUGCAUCAAUUUGGAGAGCUUUGCUUAGUUCUUGUCAGGUUAAAAGCAAUAAAAAGCUAGUGGAGAUCAUCUUUGGAAAGCUUGUUGAAUUAGAACCCACUAAUCCGGGAAAUUAUGUUUUGCUUUCUAAUAUCUACGCUGCAGCUGGUCUUUGGUCAGAGGUUGCAGAAAUAAGAAAGUGGCUCAGAGAUAAAGGUUUAGGGAAGCCUCCAGGAACUAGCUGGAUUGUAAUUGGAAGUCAGGUCCAUUACUUCACUGCCACUGACGUAUCACACCCUCAAUCAGAAAAGAUUUACGAAAAUUUGAAUUCUUUGACAUCAUUGAUCAAAGAUAUGGGCUGAAAUCGUGUCGAGUUUUGCUUGCAGGAGAAUGAGUUAAGGGAAUUAAAACAUUUUAGCCUUAACGUUGAUUGUGUUGACUGGGCAAAUAUGUACAGUUUUGGGAGGACGGUUGUAGAAUAGAGAACAUCAAUAGACAGACAACCUUUGAGGCAGCAGUUCUUGAAAGAACAUGCUGUCGAGUGAAGAAAAUGUCAGAAAGCCACAAGUUCCAUUUUUGUUGGAUGAACCUUAUGCAAAUAAAACGACAGAAAUGAGAUGGAAUGAUCUGCUCACCUGUUCCACCCAUCUUCUUCCCCAUCAAGGGAUUUAUUCUUAAAAAACUUUUCCCAAGGCUUUUUGACCUCAGCUAGUGGACGGACAUUGUUUGUGAACAUUGAUGUCUGCACCUUCAACAGUACUAUCAAUACCCCAUUAAUAUACGAUGAACAUAGAUACUUUUUAUUUGGUAAUAAUCCAAGGCCUAGGCCACAUGGUCCACCACCAUUGAUUCUCAGAGAAUCAUCUACUCCAGGUUAACAAUAGGAGACAAGAGGCUUUAACCUAAGACCAAAUCUCGAAUGGAAGAUUGAACGGCUUCAAGAAAGGUUAUUUUAUUCAUCAAAUAUCUAGAACAAGAUGCAAAGACAGAGACAGCCAUUGUCAAAAUGCAAAAUCCAAGUUCCAAAAACAUUCAACAUUCAGGAGACCAAAGAUUGAGAAAAUUUCCAUUGAAGAAGAGUCAUAUCAUAU